ACCUUUCCUCUGGCCACACAUGUUCCAGCUUCUUCUUCCUCCCGAUUUCUGCAUCUCCCGACAAGGCCCCAAGACACUGACUCCCUCCUCCCUUGAAAAAUUGGUAAGAUUUUGAUGAAAUUCCUUUCCUUUUCUUGUUAAAUAACAAGAUUUUUGAACCUAGGACUCUCUCUAAAGCCAAGAAAGUCUAGAUCUGUUGCUGUUCUUCUCCUCCGUCCGCUGUCACUGUUGGUGGGUGUGAAAUUUCGGGUUUUUGGGUAAGGAAACAACAUGAAAUUCAUCUUUUCAGCUUUGAUUUGGCUUGGGUUUAAUUUGAAUUGUGUUUUCGUUCUUGAAUUUUGGGUAGUUCCUAUGAGUCCCCUGCACUGCCGUCGGCUCUUCCCCCAAACUGCAGUCCGGUUUUUGCUAGGAAAAUUCUAGUAUGUUGACUGCCCCUCCAAGCCCCAAAUUUGUCCAUUUAUUUGCUGCCUUGUGUGUCCGAAAAUCUGCUGGAAAUAGGGGAAGAAAUUAGCAGCCUUUAAAAGUGUUUUUUUUAGGCUUAGUUCAUGUAGAAAUAAACAUGUUUUGGCUUGAAAUUUAGCUGCUGUUCUGCGUGAAAAUCCUGCUGUUUUGCCAAAGAUUUUACUGUUCACACGUACCAGUUACUGUUCAUGUAGAAAAUUCUGCAAUUUGCUACUAUUUUCUGCUCCUUUUCAGUCCGUUUCUGCUUUGAAAAAUCUGAUGAAAUAUCCAUUUUUCUGGUCUUUUAGCUGGCUGUAGUUGAAUCCUAGAAUAUCAGUCACUGUUCACGGUCACUGUUCACGGUCACUGUUCACACAAUAAUGGCCAACAAUUAACGGAGAUUUAAAUGUUCAGUUUGUAAUAUAAGAACAAAUUUGGAGAUGUCUGGUCAUGUGGAGAUUGAUAGGAAUAGCAUCGUGAUUAGAGUGUAGUCAUGGUGAUUUUACUUUUGAAUCUGUGGUACGGUAAUUAAUUCUUGGAUAUUUUGAUUAGGUUCCUGAUCAUUCUGUCAGUUUAGCAUUGAGAUCAAGUUUUCGGUUUUAUGCAAGUGAGGUAAGUAAAUUUAUGAUAAUGCC